UCUUGGGAGCACCCGUGAAGAAACAAAUAUUUUUCCCGUUGCAUUUGCUCUCCUUCCAAAUAAAAGGAAGGAGACUUAUGAAAGACUCCUCCAUAUGAUAUGUGAAGCAAUUCCACAUUGAAAUCCUUCAUUAAUUAUGACUGAUUUUGAAGAAGCAGUCAUUUUAGCUCUCAGAACUGUAUUUCCUUCCGCUAAAAAUGCAGGAUGUAACUAUCACUUUAAUCAGUGCUUAUGGAGGAAAAUACAAGGUUUAGGUUUAGUGAAAAAAUACAAAGAAAACGAUGAAAUUAAAAUGCAUCCGCGGAUGUGCGCAGCGCUUGCGUUUUUAAAACUGGAAGAUGUGGACGAUGGAUGGCUUCUGAUACAGGAAUAUUCGCCAGAAGACCCCAAACUUCAAGAGUUUUAUGAUUAUUUCGUAAAUCAGUGGAUGGACAAUGCAUUAGUCACAAUAGAAAUGUGGAACUGUAAUAACAGACGGCAUAGAACAAAUAAUGCCGCUGAGGGCUGGAAUAACAAAUUAAACCAUGCUUUAAUGACGCAUCAUCCUACAGUACGCACGCUAGUGGCAACUCUGAAAAAGGAGGCGGAAUAUAGUGAUUUUUUUAUUUGCAGGAAAGAACUCAAACUUGUAGGAAAAAGGAGAAGGAAAAAUUAUAUUAGGAUUGAUGAAAGAAUUGAAAAAUGCUUCAUCGAAUACGAAUUAACUAAAGAUUUAAGAAAAUUCUUAAGGUUUGCAGUAGCUGUUUUGCAGAAAUUUGAAUGAAUUUACGAUUAAUGCUCUUUUGUUUUCUUUCACCUUUGUCUUUUUUUUUUUUUUUUUUUUUUUUAUCUACCCGUAGAUUGCUUUGUAAAUCUUUUAUAUUUCCUCGA